AUGCGCUUCCCUCUUCUUCCGCUCGCUUCCGUGGCAUUCGCGGCACGUCCCUUCCUCAACGAGCCAGACACGGGCAUCGACGAAGCGCUGGGAGCGAUAGCAAAUGGGACGCUCCCAGAUCUCGACUCACUGGUCGGGUUACCGGACUUCGAGUGGGCAGCCCGCCGCAAGAUGAACACCUCGUCGUAUACCUACUAUCGGAAUGGAGCAGCCGGAGAAUGGUCGUAUCGCAACAACCUGGAAGUGUUCCAGCGGUUUCGUCUGCGGCCCCGUGUCAUGGUCGAUAUAACGAAUAUCGAGAGUACCUUACCAACCACGAUUCUCGGCCACGACUUCUCGGCACCAUUCUUUAUCUCGCCAUGUGCUCGAGCUGGAUAUGCUCACCCUGAUGCUGAGCUUAACCUCGUUAAAGGCGCUGCUGCCGGAAACAUCCUCUACAUGCCUGCACUAUACGCGACGAAGAGCGUUGAGGAAAUCGCUGCAGCGAAGGGAAACAGUUCGCAAGUCCUCUUUCAGCAGGUGUAUCUCACGGAAAACGAUACAGAAACCCUCCAGCUCUUCUCUCGCAUCGAGGCAACUGGAUCCAAAGCCAUCAUUCUCACCGUGGACUCCGCAGCCGACGGAAACAGGCACCGUGCCAAACGCUACGGCGUAGGCUCUGCAGACUCUAGCUACAGUUACCUGACCUGGAAUCUCUACCACAAGCUCAGUAACAUGACGUCGCUGCCAAUAAUCCCAAAAGGAAUUCAGACGGUCGAUGAUGCGCGUCUCGCAGUGCAGAACGGAGUCAAGGCAUUCAUGAUUUCGAACCACGGAGGUCGCCAGCUCGACACCACGCCCUCUUCUCUCGAAGUUGCCCUAGAGAUCCACAACGAGGCGCCGGAAAUUUUCAAGCAGGUCGAAGUGUAUGCGGAUGGCGGGGUGCGCUAUGGUGCGGACGUGCUUAAACUGCUCGCGUUGGGGGUGAGGGCUGUAGGUGUCGGGAGGCCGUUUAUGUUCAGUAACGUGUAUGGAGUCGAUGGAGUGAAGAGGGUGAUUGAGAUGCUGAAGCACGAGGUUGCGAUUGACGCUGCGAACUUGGGUGUGGGCGACCUAAAGAAGAUUGGGCCUCAAUAUGUGAACUGGAAAAGUACGAAUGUGUGGUUCAGCUAG